AAUAAUAACAACAACAACAAAAAUAACAGCAAAGGCAAACGAUGCGAGAAGUCUUACAGAUAACAACAUCAGCUCAUAUAUAAAUUUCUAAAUGAUAAAAUCAUGGAUAUUUUAAAGGCAGAGCUAGAGAGAAAGAAACGGCAGCUAAAGGAAAAUAGUGAUAUCAUGGCUCCUGAUAAGAAGUACUUUAAACGAGGGGAUCUGGCAGCUAAACAAGCAGAAGAGUAUUGGAGUCGUCACAGGCGCAGUGUGCGAGUGGAGAGUGUGGAAGUUAUUGAGGAUCCCAAAACAGAAGAAAUGUCUGGAAAUGAUAAGAAAACACAGGAACAAAUGGUUGUUCACAGAAAAGAGGUUAUCCGUCGCCUUCGAGAUUUAAAGGAACCCAUCCUGCUAUUUGGUGAGUCUGAGUAUGAUGCCUUUGUGAGACUGAAGAGACUGGAAGCCAUGGAACCGGACUUCAAUAAAGGUAUGGGUGCUGGUGCAAAUGACUUCAAAGCUGCAAUGGACAGAGUUGAGGAGGACUACAUGGAGGAAAUCAUGAAGUCCACAGAGGGGGACGGGGGCAGCAAGAGUAAACACACAGUCUCCAUCAAGGAUGAUGGGACCACAUUAGACGAUUUAGAGCAAUGGAAGGAGCAGCUGGGUAAAGGUGACAGCAACAAAGACCAAGACAUCAUCCUGAGAUACCUCAAGUUUGUUCUCACCACAUGGGGACUGGAUAUCAACAAGAAAACGGUUGAAGAGAAGCGAAGUCUUAAAGGACGUAUGAACGCUGCCAUGCACCAACAGACUGUGACCUACAUGAAGCCAAUGUUCAGGAAACUCAAGUCCAAGAACAUGCAGGCGGAUAUCUUGGAGUGCCUGGUUCAAAUCAUGGGCUACUUGCUGGACAGGCACUACCUUAAGGCAAAUGACUCUUACCUGGAGAUGGCCAUUGGUAAUGCUCCAUGGCCCAUCGGAGUUACCAUGGUGGGUAUCCACGCCCGUACGGGCCGAGAGAAGAUCUCAUCCAGAUACGUGGCUCACGUGCUCAACGACGAAACACAGAGAAAAUACAUUCAGGGACUGAAGCGUAUCAUGACCCAGGCUCAAGUGUUCUUCCCCACAGAUCCUUCCAGAAGUGUCAACUUUGAGCCUAUCCACCACUGAAUGAACGUGUUGAAGUCUUUAUUUGACUGCAUGGAUAUAUUCAGAAAAUGAUUUUCAUGUCGAAAGUAAUAUUUCUGGUAGUGAUCAUACGGUUUGCACAGAAGACAAUACGACUUUGAAUGGCGUUACUAUAUUUGAGAUUUGACUGUGAGACAUGACAUAAAUAUAUACAGAGUCAGGUUUUAAUGACAGUGUUUAUCAAAAAGUGUAUUAGGUAAGGUACUAAAAUGCUUCUUUACUGUUAUUCGUUACAAGGUGCUGGAUUAUGUUAAUGUAUAUUACAUUACUCUAUUGAUGGAUGAAUUCUAAAAAAGAUCAUACGAGCCACGUCAUGUGAAAAUGUGUCUUUUGUCAUAUGAAGCAACCGUAGCUCCUGAACAGCCUGCGUAUUUGCGGCUAAUAUCGUAUCCAGGGAACUUGCGAGAAUACUAGUGCUUUUGGUGACCCUUGAAUCAGUUCUGGCGCACAAUAUAGUUGCCUUGUUAUGUAUGAAUGUCAGUCCACAAGCUUGUUUGUGUUUGAAUUCCCAUUGUGAUAUAAGUAAAAAUUGAGACGCGCUAUUACAAUGUUCUUUAAUUAUGGGUUGGAAAGUUUCAGGACUUUGGUGGAACAUUGAUGGGUAAGUUGGAAGAUUAAUGGGUUGGGUGGAAGAUUCAUGGGUUGAGUUGACCACUACUUAAUUGAGUUGAACAUUCAUGAUUGUUUUAGUGGAAAGUUCACCAAUUUAGGACUGUGUAAAUGAGUUUAAAGGUUGUGGGACAUAGACAUGGAGGACUAUGGUGGGGAACAGUUCAGGAGUUUGGUUUCAUUUACAAAUAACAUGGAUUCAUGAAAAACAAGAAACUUUGUUGAAUUGAUAUUCCCCGCCCAAAAUAAGUUUUGUGACAGGACGGACAACGCCAAUUCUAUAUACCUCCACCUUUAGCAGGGGAUAAAAAUGAUGUAAGGCAAAGGUGUCUUUAUUUUUGGUAUUAUUGGUACUUUAGUAUUUAGCUGAAAUACACUGUCUAUUUAUAUAGAAAAGACUGUCUGUCUAGAAUGUAUUUAAGUAAAAAAAAAACACUACAAUGUUUGUUGAAUGCAAGUGUGAACUGGUUUGUACACUUAAAAAUUUACAUGUUGUCGUCAGUAUUUUCAAAAGUCAAUCACAGGACCAUAAGUUGAAUAUGAGAAGGAAUGUUUGGAAACUUUUUUGUUUGUAUCGGUAUUUCUUCUUAAUUUUUAUUUCGUUUUGAAUGGCUUGUGCACAAGUGUUUGCAGAUUGAAACGAACAGGUCUCUGAGCAAUGGGCGGAGGAGUUAAUGCAUUUUCAAUUAUAUCAUAAACAUGAGAGAAAUUGAGGACCCAUGUUGAAUGUUAUUUAAAAUACUCUUGUAAAUAGUUAAUAAAGAAGCCUCUUUUUUAUUUUGUAAAACUUGUCAUAUUUUAUAAACAAUAGUUUCGAGUUUUAAAUGAAAAUGUAUAAUGUUUUACGUAUAUUUAUUUUUUGCUUUACGAUGAUUUAUAGAGAAAUAUUAGUGAAUAAAAACUGAUAUUUCAUUGUAUCAAACAGUGAAAAAUAACAGUGAAAAUUA